AUGCAUCUCCUGGAUCUUCAGUUCUCCGAGAGUCGUGGUGAUUACUUUUUGGCUACCCUUAUAGCCGAAGGGGAUGAUGUUGUGGAAGAAUAUUAUCCUGCAGUUGUAAGCGAGACAACCGCCUUAGGACCUAACAUUGUACUCGAGACUACUGAGAAGAUUAAGUUGAUAAGACAGAGGUUACUUACAGCUCAGAGCCGACAGAAGAGUUAUGCGGAUAAGCGAAGACGGUCAUUAUCCUUUGAGGUGGGAGACCACGUUUUUCUUCGGGUUUCUCCACGGAAGGGAUUGAUGAGAUUCGGGAAAAGUGGCAAGUUGUCUCCACGAUUCAUUGGACCAUUUGAGAUUUUGGACCGUGUAGGAGAGGUUGCCUACAGACUUGCUUUGCCACCACAGUUGGAUAGGGUCCAUAAUAUUUUCCAUGUAUCGAUGUUACGGAAGUACGAGCCAGAUCCAUCUCACAUUUUGAGUUGGGUUGAUGUAGACAUUGAUGAGGAUAUUUCCUACGAGGAAGGACCAGUUCAGAUUCUUGACACACAACAAAAUGUGUUGAGGAACAAGACGAUACCAAUGGUGAAAGUCCUUUGGAGACACCACGAAGUCGAUGAGGCUACUUGGGAGCUGGAACAGGAGGUUCGCUCCAAGUAUCCAGAA